AACAGUCUGUGUCAUGAGUAAUAGGUGAAUGUGGAGAGGAUGAUAUCUUACAAUGUUAUUGUAGUAAUUGUCUUUGUGUUUUUCACUGUUGUAACGAUAUGUCUAGAAAACCUGAGUCAGAUAGAUUCAAUUAAAAGCACUCCAUCCCAGAGUACAUCAUAUGAUAAUGGACAUCAUGCAGAGAAAGCAGUUGACGGACAAUUACAAGUCGGUGUUGACGAAAGCACAUGCAGUUUUACAAUAGGGGGGCAAAAUGUUACGGAAGCUUGGUGGAAACUUUCUUUGAGAGAAAUGUCUAACGUUGCUUACUUAGAGAUAUAUUUUCGGAGUUCAACUCCAAAUCGACACGUUGGAUUUUCUGUGUUUGUGUUUAAUGACUCCUCUUAUAUUCCUCCAUCAAAUUCGUCUGAGCAUCAAGUUUUCAAACAUGACACAAAGACUUGCAUUGAUAGAGUUAUGAAUGUAACUAUCAACAAAGAAACUCAAGGAAUAGCUCUAUAUAAUUCCAGAUAUAAACCAGUCAAUACAAAUUGUCCAGGUUAUGAACCUUCCUUUGCAACAAUUGAGAUUUGUGAAGUAAAGGUGAUGGGUUGCCAGUCUAAACAUUUUGGGAAAAACUGCACACCCUGUAAUCCAAAAUGUCGCAAUAGACAAUGUGAUGUUUUUAAUGGGUCGUGUAUUGCUGGCUGCAGUAACAAUGUCAUUCAAUCAAAGGAUUGCUCAG